AUGUUUCAGGUUAUCUCACUCUCCGUUCUAGUCCUAUCUGCCACUUUGGCCCCGGUUUUCGCCAACUCGCCGGCUUCUUCUCACAAUACUACAUGUGUGACGCUUGUAAAGACGUUUGAGUGCCGUUGUGGACAUGCUGAGUUUCUUUCGCUGCCUCAUGCAAAUAUCACUGCUCCCGAAGAGGCUCGAAAAUGCGCGAGCUACAGUAAGGACCUCCAGUGGAUCUCCAAUGAACUCGAUCCUAUCUAUAUCACGGUGCUGACCAUUGUCAUACAAAUAGAAUUGAUUGACGCUCGUGGUACGGCUGAGCCACAGGGGGUCUCGACCAUGUUCUACCCUAUGGUCAAGGACAUACUUGCCAACGCAACCGGCGGUGUCAGCCAACCCGUCGAAUAUCCAGCAGGUGCUGAUCAAAACACUACUAGCGGUGAAAAAUUUGUACUAGAUGUCAUAAAUCAAGGUCUUCGUGACUGCCCUGGUCAGAUCUAUGCACUUUUUGGGUACUCUCAAGGCGCAACCCUGAUUCUCAAGGCGCUUGAUCAACUUGAAGUUCCUGCGCUAAGCUUGGUCAAGUCGGUUAUUCUCGUUGGGAACCCUUACCGCAUUCCAAAUAAGUUAUCGAACGUGAAUGGUACUGCCCAGAGAGACCAUGCAAAAUCGGUUGGAAUGUUUGCGAUGUCCGCCAUUCAAAACAAAAGUACAGUGCCUCAGCUCUCAACCGACGUUGAUCAAAGUGGCAAAGUAUUAGAUUAUUGUCUUGAGGGUGAUGGGGUUUGCUCUUACAAUAACGACUGCUCUUGUCGCUUGCCGGCCAAUCACCUUAGUUAUGGGUUGGCUGAUGCUGUCCAAAAGACGGCCUUUGAGCACGUUGUUUCCCGGAUA